AUGUUCCGGACCGGCGGGCCGACCCCAAGCACUGUGAUUAGGGACACAUUGGAUAUAAUAGUCCUCUUGCAGACCCCUUUCUGGGUCUCUUUCAUCUACAGCGUCAUCAUAUACUACAUUCAACGGUACUAUGUGGGGCAAACUUUUAUUUGUUACUUUCGAUCUGCUCGCUUUGGCGGUUGCAUACCAGGCCACUACUACCAUUUCAAGCUGACGGGCGGCUCCGCGCAGAGAUACUAUGACGGCCAGGAAGGUGCUUGCGGCUGUGGAUCCAGCUCUGGCCUUUUCUCUUGGCAGCUUGGAAUUGCCAGCGGCGUUUACACAGCAGCCGGUUCUCAAGCAUUCUUCGACACGGAUGGCGCUUCCUGGUGCGGCGCAGGUUGUGGGAAAUGCUAUAACCUGACCUCCACCGGCGAACCUCCUUGCAGUAGCUGCGGUACUGGCGGUGUCGCGGGCGAGAGUAUCAUUGUCAUGAUAACCAACCUCUGCCCUUACAACGGUAACCAACAAUGGUGCCCUAAUGUCGGUUCCACAAAUCAAUAUGGGUACAGCUACCAUUUCGACAUCAUGGCCCAAAGUGAAAUUUUUGGUGACAAUGUGGUGGUUGAUUUUGAGCCUGUUGCUUGUCCAGGUCAAGCGACCACAGACUGGCAAUCAUGUGUCUGUUACGGAGAUACCGAGACAGAUACCACCCCUGUCGGGAUCACCGCUGGCAGUUCUGACUCUUCCUCGUCUUCUUCAUCAACCCAGUCGCAGAGUAGUACUACUACAUCCACCACGGUGACGACAACAACUACCACAGCAGUCGGGACUCAAACUAUCUACGGGCAGUGUGGUGGCAGUGGAUGGACUGGGCCAACAACCUGUGCAUCUGGUUCAACAUGUGCGGCACAGAAUCAGUGGUAUUCUCAGUGUCUGUAG